AUGUCGUCAUCCGUGCUCAAAAAGCCCGUCAAGCUAUCAUGCAUCCAGCUCGCCUCCGGCGCCGACAAGGCCGCCAACCUCAAACACGCAGCCUCGCAGGUCGCCAAAGCCGCUCAGGCAGGAUCCAACAUUGUCGUCCUCCCAGAAUGCUUCAACUCCCCCUACGGAUGCCAGUACUUCCCAGACUACGCCGAGACGCUGCUCCCCUCACCACCUACACGCGAGCAGUCGCCGUCUUACCACGCCCUCUCCGCCAUGGCAUCCGAGAAUAAAAUCUACCUCGUGGGGGGGUCUAUUCCCGAAUUCAGCCCUGACACAAAGAAGCACUACAACACGAGCCUGAUAUUUGGGCCUGAUGGGAAAUUACUGGGCACCCAUCGAAAAGUGCACCUAUUUGAUAUCGACAUCCCCGGCAAGAUUACGUUCAAGGAGUCCGAGGUUCUCAGCCCGGGGAAUAAAGUCACCUUGGUUGAUUUGCCCGAGUAUGGUACCAUUGCCGUAGCAAUCUGUUAUGACGUGCGGUUCCCUGAGCUGGCUAUGAUUGCUGCGAGGAAGGGUGCGUUUGCGCUGAUUUACCCAGGGGCGUUUAACUUGACGACGGGCGCGCUGCAUUGGAAGUUGCUGGCGCAGGGGAGGGCGGUGGAUAAUCAGAUUUACGUGGCCAUGUGUAGUCCUGCGAGGGAUAUGAGCGCUUCGUACAACGCUUGGGGCCAUAGUAUGAUUGUUGAUCCUAUGGCUAAGGUUUUGGUGGAGGCGGAGGAGAAGGAGGCCAUUAUUGAGGCUGAGAUUGAGGGGGGUGCGAUUGCGGAGGCGAGGAAGAAUAUUCCGUUGAAUACGCAGAGGAGGUUUGAUGUUUAUACUGAUGUGAGUGCUUCGGGUGUGAAGUUUGAGGAGCCGGGUUUAUAA